AAGAUGGCCGCAAAGCGAACAAAAAAGCGAUCGUAACAAAAUAAUAAUAUUUCAGCGUAUGCAUCAAAGGGAAUCAUCCCUAUGUGGGUAGUGACGCACUUUGGAAAUUUUAUAACAUGGCUGAAAGGGAGAUUCGCUUUUCUGACGCUUUUGAGAUCACGUAGGAAUACUUUGAUUGGGAUUGCUCUUUUUAGUGUGUUUUUUGUAUGGACCAUAUCACGUUUCAUGCCUCACCAGAGGCAAGGGCAGCUUCCUGAAGCACCUGCAUAUGAUAAAGUCUGCCUAAGUGAUGUUUUGGUAAAGUGGAAACAAGAGGCUGCAGAUGGUGAUGUGGUGAUAAUACAUAAACCACGUGAAAAAUCAGAAAAUCCAUACUUACCUUUUGUUGGGAAUGGUAAUGUUGGAGUUGUGACCACAGACGGUUCUUUUAUGCAUAUAGCAUUAAUUCAACCCAGCAUGAAAUGGCUGAAGCUACCAUUCUCCCCAAUUGUGACUGCAAAAGUUACUGAUGUUCCCAAACCAAAAGAGGCAACAAUUAUUGAUCUUAAGCAAGGUUUGGUUCAUCAACUUCAAACCUACUCCUUUAGCCAUGGAUGUGUUAUUGUUGAGAAUGUGAUUUAUGCUCAUCGCAGUCAAUCCUCUGUCUUUGUCCAAGAAGUUGUGGUGGUUAAUCAUGGGCAUUCUGGAAUCAAAGUGUUGCUGACACACGAAGGCGCAAAGUCUUGGAAAGGUUCCACCACUAAAAGUUUGAGCUUUGAAAGAACUAUGGACCCAUCCAAAGCUCACUACACUCUCUCUCAUGGACAAGUUGCCCAUGCUGAUAAAUCAGAACCUGACAUCAAUGUUACAAUAGCUACAUCUAGAGUGCCAUCAGAAAUGACAGUACAAGGACAGAGUACUGGAAUUUUGCGUCACUUAACAGUCGUUCACACAUCAAGUUUGUUUAGUCUAAAACCCGCUCCGCGUGUGAACAUUGAAAAACUUCAGGAAGAAGCAGAAAAGGAACUCCGAGCUCUUGUCUCUUUAGAUAGUCCAGAAUCAUUAAGAGAAUCUCACGCCACAGCCUGGAAAGAGUUGACUGAGACAGGUUUGUUUGUGGAUCCACGACAUGAUCCUGAUACACCGUCCGGUCUAGAGGUCAACACUACAAUGUAUUAUGUCUUGUCGUCUUUUCCUUCUCGUGCCAAUGGAGCAUCGAACCCUCAGGCACACAAAGAUGAAAUGGAGAAACUUCUUCAUAUUCCAGAUCACUGCUUUGGUGGCCCACCCACUAUGCACUCGGCCUCACUUUGGCCCAUGCCCCGGACCGAGUCAGGUGUUACUAAAAUAGCGGCCCUAUGGCAGAGACUGUUGGAACAGAAUGGAUGCAGUGCACUUGUAAAAGCAGGUGCCGUUGGUAUCAACCAAGCCAUCACGCUCAGUUUUGGUGGCUUGCAGUUCUCAGCCGGACAUUUUGAAUUCGCGGCAAAUCCCGCCUCGCUACACACAACAAUCGUGUUUCGUCAUAUUCACCUGUAUGAAGAUAUGGACAUAUAUCUCACCGUACUGGUGAACGCUGAAACUGGGCAUGCAGAAAAGCUUUUGGUUAAACCCGUUAAGGGUGGCAAGACGCCUCUUUACGCUUGCGAAGCAGGCUGCCAAUAUGAUCCUUUGGAAGUCGGUGAGGCUGAAGUGACUUUCCCAGUGCGCAUGACCAGACCUGUCACACCGCUGCUAUACAUAUCUCAUAACAAGUCGGAACUACUAGAGCUUAGAAAACAUGUUUUUAUUAAGGAUGCACAUGAAGAGUCGCUCAAGAAUCAUCAUGUCCAUCGCCGUUCUGGGCUCCCAGCAAAGUUCUGGGUGACGAUAGCUUUUCUAAUUGUUGGCUUUCAUCUUUACUUGGCGAAGCUAAUCUACUCAGAAUGUUUUAAAGAAAAAGACGUCGUGCGAUCAAAGAUCUACAUGAGCUGACGUCAAAACAACUUGUAGAAUUAUGAAACAUAUGAUUAACAGGAAUGGUUUAGCUUGUCCUCUUUUGUUUUUGGUUUCGAGGGAAAAAGUAAGAUGCAGAUGCCAAAGAACUCCACCUGAUGAAUCUCUGAUAUUUCGCUGUGACUCCCGCCCCGCGGUAUAAAUCGGAAAAGGAAGGAGAAGGUCCAUUCUGACAAAUUAUAAGGCAUAGCAUAAAAAUUAAACUUAGGGAUUUUUUUAAAUGCAUGUAAGAGACCUAACUGCUGAACCAUCUCUGUGGUUCAUUUUAUUAUGAGACAUCUCAGUAGAGAUAUUGUUCAUGGAAUCAAUUUUUUUUAAUGCAACGAGAUGCCCAAAAGGUGUACUUUUUUUUACAUCAUCUCAAAUGUCUACAAAAGGUGGAGGAGGUGCUAAAGAUGUUUGCAAGGCGUGCAGCGAAGAUCCCAACAGAAAAUAUUAGAAGAGACAUUUAAUUCGUACAGUGAAAUGAUAUGAGCAUGUAGACUUAGGAAGACCUCUUUUUGCACGCUACGAAUGACUUCUCUUUAUUGGCGAGAACAGCCAUGAACAGAGCCGUCGUUGCCGGAUUGUACACUCAACAAGUCGUGCCAAAUCUCUCUUAGGCCGACCGUUUUACGAACUCCUUCUUUUGCUUUGAAUAAAUCACGUCAAAAUGGGA